AUGUUGAGCAAUUGGACAAGAAAGGUUUCCAUUGCGAGUGUAAAGUAUAAUCAGAUCGUAAGAAAUUCCACAAUGUCUCUCCAAACGAUGUUUAAAUAUAGUCCCCCUGUCGACAGGAAUAUGAAGGUAUUGGAUAGAUCCUAUUUUGUAACGAAAAUCCCAUUGUGUGUGGUUAAAUUCUCCGAUCCAAGAAACAUUAGUGUAUUUGCAAAAGAUUUCAAGAGUGAUAUAUUAAGAAUUCCUAGAAUUCCUCAUGUGGUUAAAUUGGAUAAAGAACAGGGUUUAAAUGAAAUUGCAACACAAUCUGCCCUCAAUGAAAAUAAAAAAGUUAAGACACUUGCUUGUGACAAUGGUAUUAUCCCUAAAGGUGUCUUACUAAAUGAAUCUAUAAAGGAAAUAAAAGAUAUUGAUUCUAAGUUGUCACCAGGUGCAUUAGAAUUUUUGAAAACUACUAAUGCUGAAAUUUUACCAUACGAAUAUAUUCUGGAUUAUGAUUUUUGGAAAUCUGAGGAAAUAUUGAGAUCAGUGUUACCGGAAGAAUUUCUUGAUGAAAUACCAACUGGCUUUACUAUCACAGGCCAUGUUGCCCACUUGAAUCUAAGAAAAGAAUUUAAACCAUUUGAUGCGUUGAUUGGACAAGUCAUCCUCGAUAAGAAUAAUAAAAUCGAAUGUGUCGUUGAUAAAGUUAGUUCAAUCGCCACUAAAUUUAGAACGUUUCCAAUGAAAAUAAUAGCAGGUACCACAGACAAUCUUGUAGUUGAACAAAAAGAGUCAAACUGCACCUUCAGCUUUGAUUUUAGCAAAGUUUAUUGGAACUCGAGACUUCACACUGAGCACGACAGACUUGUGACGCAAUAUUUCAAACCUGAACAAGUUAUCUGCGAUGUAUUUGGUGGUGUGGGACCAUUUUCUAUCCCCGCUGGUAAGAAGGAAUGCAUUGUGCUAGCAAACGACUUGAAUCCUGAGUCAUAUAAAUACUUACUGGAGAAUAUCAGGUUGAAUAAAGUAGAAGAAUUAGUGAAACCUUUCAAUUGUGACGGUGGUGAAUUUAUCACUGAGUCGGUUAAGUUCUUGAACAACUUGCGAAAUGAGACUGAUACGCAUACAAUUAAAGUACCAAUUAAGAGAAGUAACAAUAAUAGAAAAAAGAUCAGGCAUAAAGCACAAACUGAAGGCAGUGCAGCAGAAACUGUAGCCACUCAUAAAGACAUCCAGGUUCCAUUGCAAAUCCAUCACUACAUAAUGAAUUUACCAGAUAGUGCGAUUGAAUUUUUGGGCAGAUUCAAUGGUGUAUUCGAUGAAUUCCGUAAUUUAGUGACAUCGGAAGAAGAUGUUAACGAAAUUGAAAUGCCAUGGGUCCAUGUACAUUGUUUUGAAAAAUACGGUAAUGAUGAAACAGAAUUGAGCGAUGAAGAAAUUCAGGGUAGAGUCCAUGAUAGAAUAAUUAAGUCACUAAAUACAACCAAAGAAAUAUUACCAGUUAAUCAACUAAACUUCCAUUUAGUGCGUAAAGUUUCACCCACUAAGCCGAUGUUCUGCGUCAGCUUCAAACUUCCAAAGGAGAUUGCAUACACUAAAUACAAUAAAUAG